UACGAAAAAAAUCGGGUUUUUUGCUGUUUUUUUUUACAGUAUUUUAGGUUUUUCUCCCGCUUGGAAAAGUAUUGGAGAAAAAGUAAAUAGUGCAUUGGAUAGAACUCGUUGAGCUCUAUCUUGGUCCGCAAAGUUUAGUCUUUGGUCCCAACUGUGAGCGAAUCCAGUUGCGGAAUAUGCGAAUCCAGACCCAAGAUAUCCUACGUUUCUUCUCGUUGUCUUCUCUUUCUUUCUCUUCUAUGUGUUUUGUUUUCGUUGUCUGGUCAUUUUAUACUGCAUAAAAGAGACUGCUUUCUAAUAUUUCUUUAGUGAUUUAUCAUUAUCAACUAUUGGUCUUGAUUCAUUACAAAUUGGAAAAUUAUUAUGUAUUUUAUAUCAAUCAUGGGAUUGA